GCCGACGAGCUGGUCACCUACGGCGAGGGCGUCACAAAAGAGCUGCUGCGGGUCAUUGCGCCGACGCAGCGCGUGGAAGACACGGAGCAGUAUGCCGACGCCGUGCCUGGUGUCCUCGACUUCUCGUACGCCGAGCAAUUCGAGAAGACCGUGAAGGAGAAGCUGCACGACGGCUUCGACAUCCGAGCUGUGGUCCAAAAGUGUUCCCAGGACACGGAGCCCUUCGACGAGGAGGGCGGCGACGGCGACGGCAUCGAGGAGUCCAUGGACGAGCAGGUGGUGCAGUUCGACGCGGAGCGGGCUGCGGAGCCGCCCAACCAGGAGGCGACCGAGGCGUCGGAGAAGACCCAGGAGGACCCUGUGCAGAUCGGGCAGGCCGUGGAGAAGCUGCAGGACGGCUUCAACAGCCAGGCGGAGGUCCAGAAGCAGUUCUUGGGCACGGAGCCCUUCGAUCAGGUGGGCCCCCACGACGACGGCAUCGAGGUCGAUUCCGAGGUGGUUCAGGAGCAGCUCGGCACCACUAGCUGGAAGUGCCGCGCUGGCGAAAACUGGCUGUCUUUCGACAAUCAGAGCGCGGAGAUAGAGAAAGCUCAUACAAAUUCAGUUCGGUGA